CCCCGUCGCCUCGUCGCCUUCCCUUGUUGGUUGGGGGCGGAGCCGCGAAGAGAAACAAGUCGGAGAGAGAGAAAACCCGCCCUCCUCGGCUCCUCCGUCGUCUUCUUCCCAGGUCCGUUGAGGUCGGCGAGCGAAUCAUGCAUGCGCAGCUGUAGGAUAGGAUAGGAUCAUGGGAUUGAAUGCCUCCCCCUCCUAAUUACAAUCAAUCCCUCUCCCUUCCUUUCCGCUUCCUCCACUCAGUUCCGCUGAGGUUCAGGCGUUUCAGGCUGGAGUAUCUUUCAUUUAGGCACAUCCAUCCAUUCAUUGGCACAAGCAACUCGGAUCAACCGGCCAACCAUCGUCCCCCUCCUUCAUCCAACAUGGGUGCCAAAACCGACAGGGCCAGGAGGGCCUUGGACGCCAUGAAGCUGCUCGGCUUCUCCAAGAAGCAGGCCACCCCCGUGCUUAGGCGACUCCUCAAGAUCUUCAACGACAACUGGGAGCCCAUCGAGGACGAGUGCUACCGCGCCCUUGCUGAUGCCAUCCUCGAUGCGCAAGACGACAACCAAACCCCUGCCUCCCAACAGGGGACGGAAGCAGCCCAGGAGGAUUUGGAGCCUCAUGUCACAACAAGGGAUGAUCGGCGCAGCUAUGCUUCUGCAGGUGAAGAUGGUAAUGAAACCCCCCUGGUCAAGAGGCCCAGGAUGGGCACAGCUGAGUUCGGACAUGAAUUGCAGCCUGGACCAUGGCAAUCCAUUGGUUCCGCCCAAGGUGCUCUGUCUGCUUCACCAGAAACCAGCUGUCGGCAGAACAGGUCUUUGACUCUAGCACAGCAAGCUGCCGACCAUGGAGAUCCCUCACCUAUCGGUGAUGCUCUCAUCUUGAAAGAACCCAAAUCUGAGCCACAAAUCAAUGCAGCACAAGGCAAAGCCUGUCGAGAUGCUCGAGCUGCCUCCGAUGCCAUAGACUUCAACGUUGGCUCUUCAGGUGCUGGUGCAAGAGGCAGCGUAGUCAACCAAGCUCAAAGUCUUGAUAGCAGCCUACAAGCGGUCCCAAUGCACAAUAACGGGGUAGUGUCUACAGUUCAAAAUACUCAGGACGCAUCUUCUGUGGAGGUUGAUGUGGCUUCUUCCACCAAUGGUGAGGUGAAGAUGUCAUUGAAAUGCAACUUGGAUCUUUCAAAAUUCAGCAUCAAUAUGGAGGAUGUUUUCAAAAUGGUGGAGGAGAAGUGCCUUCACUCAUACAAGGUGCUACCUCCAGAUUUUUCUAUUGGCAAGCUGAUGAGUGAGGUAUGCCAAUCUGUUGCACAGUUGGGUACUAUGCAUUCUGAUGUUCAUAGCAACAGUGGCAGCUUGCAUAAAGAGGCUGUUGCUCCUUUUGUGAAGCCAAUCGCUUGUAAGGCUGCUGUGGGUAUAAAUGAUAAAGGUGCUGGAGGGUCAUCAGUGCUUGAAUCCUCAGAACCUUGUUUGCAGAAUUCUAUUGUUGCUUGGGAUCCUGAGUUAGCAAAUUGUAAGCGAAGGACAACCCAUGAUGUUACUGAUAUAUCCAAAGGGGAAGAGCGGGUAAGGAUAACCGUAGUAAAUGAAUUUGGCAGCGAGACAUGUCCUCCAUCCUUCUUUUACAUACCAAGAAAUCUUGUCUUCCAAAAUGCUUAUGUGAACAUCUCGAUUGCUCGGAUUGGCGAUGAAGACUGCUGUGCUGAUUGUUCUGGCAACUGUUUGUCAGCGUCACUUCCAUGUGCUUGUGCAAGAGCAGUUGGGGGCGAUUUUGUGUAUACACCUGAGGGCCUGCUUAAGACAGCAUUCCUUGAUGAAUGGACCUCCGUUAAUCGUUUCCCAGAAAAGCAGCAUAGUUUCUAUUGUAAAGCUUGCCCUCUUGAAAGAUCUAAGAAUGAAGCCUCACCAGAUCCAUGUAAAGGUCAUCUUGUUAGAAAAUUCAUUAAAGAAUGCUGGAGUAAAUGUGGAUGUGGCAUGCAGUGUGGAAAUCGUGUGAUUCAGCGUGGUAUAACAUGCAGAUUGCAGGUGUUUUUUACACGCGAGGGGAAGGGCUGGGGACUACGCACCCUGGAGGAUCUCCCAAAAGGUGCCUUUGUCUGUGAAUAUGUUGGAGAGGUACUAACAAGCAGUGAAUUGUAUGAAAGAGCAAUCGAAAAUGCAAGAAACGGUAAACAUAUGCACCAAGUGCUCCUGGAUGCUGAUUGGGGUUCAGAAGGCAUAUUGAGGGAUGAAGAGGCUCUUGGCAUUGAUGGAACGUUUUAUGGGAACGUCGGGCGAUUCAUCAACCACAGAUGCUAUGAUGCAAAUUUAGUUCAGAUCCCGGUCGAAGUUGAGACGCCUGAUCAUCAUUAUUACCAUCUGGCACUUUUCACAACCAAGAAAGUGGAGGCAUUUGAGGAGUUAACAUGGGAUUAUGGCGUUGAUUUUGAUGAUGUGGGUGGCCCCUGUAAAGCAUUCCGAUGCAUGUGCGGAAGCAGAUACUGUCGUGAUCCGAAGAGUCCAAGGAGGAUGGAUAGAGCAGCUGGGCGAAACUAGGGACUACCAACUUUUGCUUGGUGGGGGCUUGGAGAUGUGCAGCCUAAACUUGUUAGUGUAGACUGUAGGUAGAUGGGGAUGAGUGAUGAUAUUUUGGAUGCAAGCCUGAGGCUGAGGGGUUCAGCAGCACUAGCUACCUGUUUAUGUUUAUUGGCAUGUAGAUGUACUCCGUAGUAGUGGAAGAAAGAACCCCUCCAACUUAUGCCAUGUCCGUAUGCAUUUUCAUUUUACCUGGCAUCAUGCCAUGCUGGGAUGGACCAUGAUCUUUUGAGCUGAGUAACUAAUAGCUAGAGUACAGCAGUAUUUAUCUCUGCAUGAGCUGAAUACAGUGGUUUGGUUGAAGCUGAGCA